AUGGGGCAUAAAAUAAUCUCUAGAUCCGUUCUCUCAUGUUUGCGUCUGCUGUGGAACGAGCGUCGCUUCUUCACAGAGGAGCACGCGUCCCAUUCUAUGGCGGCAGUGUUACGAUCUUUGUCACAUUACGCCGGAAGCGGCUCAUAUGCUGCCGUGGAGUUAUGUUUACACUUCCUAUGCGACUUGCUUGAUGGCACUGAGCAGUUAUUGGCUUGUCUAAACGCUCUAGCCUCGAUUCUUAACACAAACCCAACAGGUGUACUAUCUAGCGGUUUAGUGCUGCAUGCUUUAGUAUCAUACCAGCCAGAUAAUCUUGCGCUUCGAGGGACAACAGCCGUUUCCUUAGUAGAGGUCAUGCAGAAAUGGUUCAGCUUGAUCAUGGGAGCAUUGAAUCAUUCUGUGCUCAUGGGUGAUAUUGAAAUUUCUGGAAUGUCUUACGUCGUUGUUUGUCAAUUAGGUAUAGAUAUUUUAAGGUAUUUUUAUCUGAAAUUUUCUGAACAGGAUAAUCAAUCUCAAAUAGCUACAGAAGAAUAUGGCGUGUUUCUGAAAUUUCUACUGUUGUUUUUACAAGAGAACGCAAAUCGUGAAGUAUUAUUCGAAUUCUGUGACGUUCUUUACGCUAAAAAUUAUCUUACGUUGUUACCCCAUGCUCAAAUUGAAAGGAACGAUUUAUCUAUUCGGAAAAUUAGUACUAUAAUACUUGGUGAAAUGCUGAAAUCAUUAGCUGACAAAUAUCUAAAUAUAGAUGAAGUCGGUGAUAAUAACGAAACAUAUGCUAGAGAUAUACAAAUGUCUUCAAUUUCGAACGGGUCCCUACAAACUUUAGACGAGCGCGUCUACCUCGAGAAGGCGAUCGAUCGUUUGGUUUAUAUGCUACAACCCGACCCCUCUCUGUACUACACACACAACCCGGCCAUCUUGUUGUGGUGCUUCACUUCCCAGAGGAUCCCAAACUACGUCCGAUUACAUGUUUUAUCUCAAUGGUUACUGUUAGAGGACUCUAUACCAUGCGAUCUCACAACAGAUCCUGCAGUGUGGGAGCUCCUUCUAAAUAUUCUGGUACAGAAUAAAUAUAAAUCAGCCAUUAUGAACUGUAAGGAAGCAUUACAGCAAUGCUUGGAAGAUGGUACUGAGGAUGAUAGACGAAACUUCGCAGGUCUUGUGUGGGGAAUGCUACCAAAUGUACUGUCUAAGACGCUCAUUGAUUACGACUCUGAAAUAGGUAAGAUUUAUUUAGGUUUGACGAAUAUUGUCUUGUCUAGAAUACAUUUGUUUAGAACUAGCUGUUAUCUCAUUGGCUUGCGUAAAUUAUAGCCUAUGUAUUAGAAUAGGUUAAUGUUUGCCCUAGUGGCAAUUUCAAUUGAUUUUGUACUUUAA